UACAUAUACAUACAUAUGUACGUAUAUACAUGUGUGCGUGCAGCACUAUCCGUGACGGUUAAUUUGAAGUGUUUGUUAGGCACACGCCAAAUGCAAUCAGAAAUUAAUAAAUAUUUUUGUGCUAUCCUUUUUAUAACUGCCAAUCCCGUUAUAAUAUUCAAUUCAAUUUUGUGAAUGGUUUUUCGAGUUAAAAUGCAAUGCUCAGACACUGAGUUGUUCAGUUAGGUUUUACUUUUGCAACGAAUGUGAGCGAUGCGCUUUCACGCUUUUCUGUGGUCACUGUGGCUGUCCCUGUGCCUCGCGCUGCUGCUGCAAAACGCCGCAGCCAAUGACUUCUCGUCGUUUUUAACUGCAAACGCAUCUUUAGCCGUUGUUGUGGAUCAAGAGUAUAUGCAAAGGCGUGGUGAAAAUGUUCUAGCGAGUUUUCAAAAAAUUCUAAGUGACGUGAUACGUGAGAAUUUGAAGAACGGCGGCAUCGAAGUGAAGUAUUACUCAUGGAGUCAAAUUCGCUUGAAAAAAGAUUUUCUCGCUGCCAUGACAGUGGCGGACUGCAAGAGUACUUGGCAACUGUUUGACUCAACACAGCAGAACUCCAUACUUUUGAUUGCUAUAACCGACGCCAAUUGCCCGCGGUUGCCCUUAAAUCGCGCUAUUAUGAUACCCAUAGUCGAUGAGGGUCAGGAAUUGUCGCAGAUUAUUUUGGACAUAAAGGUACAGCGUUUAUUGCGUUGGAAGACGGCUGCUGUGCUACUCGAUCAAACUAUAUUGCACGACAAUCCCACAUUGGUGGAGUCGGUAGUACAUGAGAGCGCUAAAAAUCACAUAACACCGUUCUCCCUGCUGCUGUACCAGAUCGACGACACGCUGCGCAGCCAAAAGAAACGCACCGCCAUACGCCAAAUGCUGAGCGCCUUUCAGGACGGUGGACAAACCCCACGACAAUUUAUUGUGUUGUCACAAUUUUAUGAGGACAUAGUGGAAAUCGCUGCGAGCAUGAAGUUAUUUCACGUUUACAAUCAAUGGGUUUUCUUUGUGUUGAACGAGGAGCUGCGCAAUCACGAUCCCAUCUCGGUGACACAGAAUUUGGAUGAGGGUGCGAAUAUUGCGUUCGCGUUGAACACAACCGAACCCACUUGUAGCAGUUCCAUUAAUUGCACAAUAACGGAGUUGUCAUUGGCGCUCGUUACGUCCAUUUCACGUAUGAUCGUUGAAGAGCAAUCGAUCUAUGGCGAAAUUUCCGACGAGGAAUGGGAAGCUAUUCGUUAUACCAAACAGGAAAAGCAGGAUGAAAUGUUGGGUUACAUGAAGGAAUAUCUUAGAGAGUAUAGUAAAUGCACGAGCUGUUCGCAUUGGAAAAUUGAGACAGCUUUAACUUGGGGCAAAAGCGAGGAGCAUCGUCGAUAUCAAUCAAAUUCAGAACUUCGUGACACACGCAACAAAAACUUCGAAUUCAUCGAUGUUGGCUAUUGGACACCCACUUUGGGUUUUAAUACACACGAAGUUAUGUUCCCACAUAUAACGCAUUUCUUUCGCAAUAUCACCUUGAACAUUCUAACGGAGCACAGCCCUCCUUGGCAAAUUUUGGAACGCAACAGCCGCGGCGACAUAGUUCGCCACAGCGGUAUUUCUAUGGAGAUCCUCAAAGAAAUGAGCCGCAUGUUAAAUUUCUCCUAUAUUCUUCAUGAAGUCAAAGUAAGCGCAUCAGAUUCUGCAGAGGACAUGCAACACACGAACAAUGUAACGGACGACCUCUUCGGUUCACUUACAUUUAAUAUACCCUAUCAAGUCAUAGAAACGAUGCAGGCGAGUCGUUACUUUAUGGCUGCCCUAGCUGCCACUAUUGAUGAACCUGAUAAGAAGUCAUUUAACUACACCGUGCCAAUAAGCGUACAGAUGUAUACUUUUAUUUCCCGCCAGCCGGAUGAAGUGAGUCGCAUUUAUCUGUUUGCUGCUCCUUUUACAACAGAGAUAUGGGGCUGCCUGGUGGCCAUUAUUAUAAUCACUGCGCCGGUACUAUACUUCAUAAAUCGUCUGGUGCCAAUGGACCAUUUACGCAUAACCGGCCUUAGCACACUCAACAGUUGUUUUUGGUAUAUCUAUGGUGCACUACUACAACAAGGCGGCAUGUAUUUACCUAAGGCGGAUAGUGGUCGUCUAGUGAUCGGCGUCUGGUGGAUUGUCGUAAUUGUGCUUGUAACUACAUACAGUGGCAAUUUGGUUGCAUUUCUUACGUUUCCGCAAUUUCAACCUGGCAUAGAUUACUUUUUUCAAAUAUUUUCAUCCAGCGCAGUGCAACAAUUUGGUUUGCGAAAUGGCUCUUAUUUUGAAAAGUAUGCAACGCAAAUAACAACGCGCGAUGAUUUCCGUGAUUAUGUGCAACGCGCCACCAUUUACAAUAAUGUUCAAGGCGAGGAUAUUGGCGCCGUGCAGGAUGGUAAACGCAUUAAUGUCGAUUGGCGCAUCAAUCUGCAACUGAUUAUACAAAAACAAUUUGAAAAAGACAAAGAGUGUAAGUUCUCAUUGGGACGUGACAAUUUCGUAGCCGAACAGAUUGGUUUGAUUGUACCGAGAGAUAGUCCAUAUCUACAAUUAAUUAAUGAUAAAAUAAUGCGUAUGUUCCAAAUGGGUUUCAUAGAACGUUGGCAUCAAAUAAAUUUACCUUCGAUGGACAAGUGUAGCGGUCACGGUGGUAUGCGGCAAAUUAUGAACCAUAAAGUGAAUUUGGAUGAUAUGCAAGGCUGCUUUAUGGUACUUUUGUUUGGAUUUUUUAUUGCUUUGUUCAUACUGUUCGUCGAAUAUUGGUAUAGAUGGUACUUUGUUGAGAAAAAGCGAGGUGUCUUUGCAACUUGAAUUGAAAAACCGGUGUACAACGAAUGUAUACGAUAUUUCUUGCAAUAAAUAUUUUACAAAAACACUUGAAAUAUAUCCAAAAUAUAUAUACUUUUUGUGUUAACAUUCCAAUGGAAUUUUUUUAAUAAUAAAAUCACCGAAAUUCACAUA